AUGUCGGAUAACAUGCUCACUUACCUUAGGAAUCCGAUAACGGGUUACGAAUACUCAUUCUGGCCCGAUGCGAAAUUUUUUUAUCAUUAUAAAAUAUAUCGACCAUUAUACUUACACGAAGAUUGGCCAAUAAAGGGUAGAGAAUGGUAUCCAGAAUACUGGCCGAGCCACCACUCAUACUGGCACUAUUUGAGAGACACGCCCAGCGAAAAGGCAUUCUCUCAAGUCAGGGCGACUAUAUACGUGGACGUACCUCAACAUACACAAGAAAAAGUGGUCAGAAACCAAAUAGAUUACAUAUUGGUGACAAAAAGAUACCGUAAUGCCGUAAAAUCUACUAAAACUUUCCCUGGAGCUGAUAUCGGUUCGGAUCAUAAUCCAGUAGUAUCUGUGAUAGAAGCUAGACCAAAGAAAAUAAGAAAAGCCAUCAUUCCAGCAUUAGACUUAAGCCAGCUUAAAAAUGAACAUCUACGACAAACAGUGCGAGAAGAAAUAAACACCAGCCUCAGUGUAGCAGAAAGCCAAAUCCGCAGAACAGACAACAUAGAUGAAAAACUUAAGUAUAUAAAUACUAUAAUAAGAACUACGGGAAAGAAACACCUAACCAAAUCUGCAAAGAAACAUAAGGUGUGGAUGACACCAGACAUUCUAGAACUAAUGGAUGAAAGACGUAAAAUGAAGAAUAAUGCAGAAAAAUACAAAGAGGUUGAUAAGAACAUAAAGCAAAGAAUAAGAAAUGCCAAAGAAUCAUGGAUUACAGAACAAUGUGUAGAAAUGGAAAACUAUGAAAGAAAGUAUGACACGUUCAAUAUACAUAAAAAAGUAAGAGAAAUUACAGGAACCCAAAGAAGACGUCAAAUAAGUUUGCUUAAGAACAAAGAUGGAAAGAUUAUUAUAGAUUUAACAGAGAAAAUUAAUAGAUGGAGUGAAUACAUAAGAGAAUUAUUUGAGGACAACAGAAAUAACAUUGUUCUGAUAUAUGGCGAAACGGGACCUGAAAUUCUAAAAUGUGAAGUAGAAAUGGCACUUAAAAAUUCCAAAACUGGGAAGGCAAAUGGACCGGAUGAGGUUCCUACCGAAUUGCUAAAGCUCUUGAAUGAUGAAUCAAUAGGUAUAAUAUUGCACUUAUUUAAUACAAUAUACAAUACUGGCAUUAUACCUCAAGAGUGGCUGUUGUCUACAUUCGUUACACUGCCAAAGAAAUCUAAUGCUAAAGAAUGUUCAGAACAUCGAACAAUAUCUUUAAUGAGCCACCUACUAAAGAUAUUUCUAAAAAUCAUCCACAACCGAGUUUAUCAAAAGUUGGAGUCAGAUAUUAGUAAUACACAGAUGGGUUCAGAAAAGGGCUUGGAGGUACAUACGUGUUUUAUCGAUUUUGAAAAAGCGUUUGACAGAGUACGCCAUGAUAAGCUUAGAGAGAUUCUUGAAAGGAAGGACAUAGAUAAUAAAGAUCUGCGAAUAAUUCUCAAUCUAUAUUGGAAUCAGAAAGCUAACAUCAAAAUAGAAACUGAAACAUCACAAGCAAUAGAAAUACGUAGAGGAGUACGACAGGGUUGCAUUUUGUCACCUCUGUUAUUUAAUGUAUAUAGUGAAAGCAUCUGUCAGGAAGCCCUUUUACAAGCAAACGGAGGAAUCGUAAUUAAUGGAGAGAUUGUAAAUAAUAUUCGAUACGCGGACGACACUGUACUAGUUGCAAGAACAGUAGAAGAAUUACAAAGAUUACUUACAGACAUAAAUAUUGCUUGCAACAAUUAUGGUAUAAAUAUCAAUAUUAAAAAAACCAAGUAUAUGGUCUUCAGUAAAAACAUGACACAACCAGCGUAUAUUAGUAUAAACGGCACUCAAGUUGAAAAAGUAUCAAGUUACAAAUACUUGGGAACUUUAAUAAACGAAACUGGAGACCAAAACAGUGAAAUAAAAAGACGUAUCGAAAUUGCCAGGGCCACCUUCAUAAAGAUGAGAAAAUUCUUCUGCAACAGAAAUAUAAGCAUCCCUCUACGAUUAAGAAUGCUGAGAGGCUAUGUAUUUAACACGCUAUUAUACGGUGUAGAGGCCUGGACUCUCAAACAGAACAACAUGAAAAAUAUUGAAAGUUUCGAGAUGUGGUGCUACCGUCGAAUGCUGAAGAUUAGUUGGGUUGAAAGAAUAACAAACUGUGAAGUAAUACGAAGAAUAGGAAAAGACCCAGAGAUUUUGUUAACGCUAAAGCGAAGAAAACUCGAAUAUUUUGGUCACCUGAUGAGAGGACAUAAAUACGCAUUACUUCAAAAUAUAAUGCAGGGAAAAAUAGAAGGAAAACGGAAUCCAGGCCGUAGAAGAAUGUCAUGGUUGCGGAAUUUGAGAGAGUGGUUUGGCUGCACCACUAAUGAACUCUUUAGGUCAGUCGUAAACAAGGUCAGAAUAGCCUUGAUGAUUUCCAAUCUCCGAUAG